UUCCCUCCCUAUAUAAACCAUCUCCUCUUCUCAAUCCAAAUAACACCAAACAUCCUAUUUUUAGAGAGAAAACCAGUUGAAAAAGGAGAAAAAUAUUCAAUCAGAAAAAAGAUACAUGUUCACUUCAGAACAACCACCACCACUAUCAACGACGGCAAUUGUAAAAAGUGAGUCCACCACCACUACCAACAACAUGGGAGAGGCUACUGCAACAAUUUCAACCGUUCAUCCUGAUAUACUUCUAACACAUAUCUUCUCACGACUAGAUGGUUCAUCGUUGGCUUCAGCUAGUUGCACAACCACACAACUUCAUUCUCUAUCUACUCAAGAACAUCUCUGGUCUAACAUCUGCAAAUCCACAUGGCAAUCUACGAAUGACCCACGUAUUAGCCACCUCAUUUCUACCUUCUCAAAUGGUCCUCGUUCUUUUUUCUCCGAUUCCUUUCCACUACUCUCUUCUUCAAACAAUCUCAAAUCACCACCGCCACCUCCACCAGUACCAGCUUCAGAAUUAAUCUCAGCCAUUGAUAUUCAGUACAAAAACAAUGUUAUCUACUCAAAAGUAGAAGAAACCCAAACAACAACAAACUGGUUCCGGUGUUCACCAUUUAGGAUUGAUUUAUUAGAACCCAAAGAUAUUAUCCCAACAACAAUACAAAACGGCAAAGACAUAUGCCAAGACUUAAAUGAGAACCUAACUUUAAGUUGGAUAAUAAUUGAUCCAAUCCAACGGAGGUCAGCUAAUCUAUCAAGUUGGAAACCUGUUUCGGUUCAUCGUCAUUGGUUAACCGGAGAAAUUCAGGUGAGAUUUGCUACAAUCUUGAAGGGCAGUGGAAAUAGCCAUGGAGAUGAAGAAGUCCUGUGCGGGAUUAUUGUGGGAUUCGGUGGCUGUGAAAAUGGAGAUGUUCAGGUGAAAGAAGUGAGUUUACAAAUUGAGGAUAUGGAUGGGAUUAGUCUAAAUGGCAAGAACAGUUUGGAGAUUUUACAAGGUGGGAUUGGAAAUGGAGAGAGGAAGAAUAUAGUAAGAGAAGAAAGGAAGGAGAAGUAUGAAGAGUAUCUGAGAAUGAAGAGAGAAAAAGAAAUCAAGAAAUUGAGAAGAGAAAAAAGAUUAGAUUCACUGUGUGGUGUCUUGGGUACACUGGUUUUUACUGUCUUCUGUAUGAUGGUUUAUUACCACUAAUCAUCUUUUUCUUUUUUUACUGUAUAACUAAGCUAUACAGUAUAGUUAUAAAUACGUAUACAGAUACGAAAUAGAAAUGUGAUUAUGAAAUAAUCAGAUUGGCCUCUUUUAAUAAACUUUCAAAGAUGAA